AUGGCCUACUUCUCGCGCACCCAAGCGCUCUACACCGACGGCGCGUACGACAACAUGUCCUCGAAGAAAGGCGGCUGCGGCUACGCCUUCUUCUCCGCCUCCUUAGGUCGUUGGCUGCUCGCUGGCUGGUCGCUCGGCAAGAUGCAGAGCAUAGUGGACUGCGAGCUGCUGGCGCUCCUGGCCGCCAUGCAACACGCGGCAGACAACUGCGUCGACACCAAGACGUUUAUCCUCCGCACCGAAAGCACCGACGCUCGCGGCCGCAUCACCGCCGCCCGCGAGGGACGGCCUCUUUACCAUGGAGCUAGGACCGCCACCAUCGUCAACAGGAUCCUCGGCGAGAUUGAGCUGCUGGAGUUCCGGGGCGUGGAAGUGCGCUUGGAGUAUGUGAAGGCGCACUCUGGUGUUGAGGGCAACGAGCUUGCCGACAUGAUGGCUUGA